GAUAAACUGUAAAUGCAUUUAUGAGGACUGUCGAUGUAUUGCAUGUUGCGGCAGUCGGCAUCUUCUUCGCUCUUAAGUUUCGGUUUCAUUUCUGGAAGGAACUGAGUGGGAAUUACUUUGUAAACAGUUGGGGAAUCUUGAGCGAGAAGACAUUAGUUCCAGUCAGAUCACACUUUGCCGUCUGAUUUACAAAAUGACAGCUAGCCCUCUGUCUAAGUAUGUUUUGAAAGUACUAUGCACGAACCAUGGCUCUUUGGACUAUAGCGAUCUGUGUCAGAAAAUAAGGGACCAGUUUAGGUUACCAGAUGACCGGGUGAUAGGGCUGCCUAAUGAUGGUCGAUUCAUGGUGAUUGAGGGAAAAGUGGCUUCCUCGUACGACAAUCCUUUACCUAAAAACAGCAGAAGAGUGUUAGCUGUAACUACUCUCCGCCUUUGUAAACGUUUUUAUUCUAAAGAUGGCUGCCUGGAUACACGGUGUCAUAAUUUACAUUUAUGUCGGUUUUUCGUUUACGGGAUUUGUAAGUUUGACAAGGGAAGGGUAAGAUGCAAUUAUUCACAUGAAUUCCAUUCCAAACAUAAUGCUGCUCUUUUAAAAGCUAAUGACCUUUCAGAACUGGACGACGAUGAUCUGAGAGUGCUGUUGCUUCAAAAUGAUCCAUCAGUAUUGCCUGUGGCAUGUCAACAUUACAACAAAGGAAUGGGAUAUUAUGGAUCUUGCACUUUCAAAGAAAAAUGUAGCAAACUUCAUAUCUGUCAGCACUUUCUGCAUGGAGCCUGUAAAUAUGGUGACAAGUGUAAGAGGUUCCACUAUUUGGACAGGAAUGCAAUUAACAUGCUGGAAGAGCAGGGACUUGGACCUACGUUGAUAGUCAAUCUGCUGACAAUAUAUCAGAAUAAUUAUGAAAUUAAUAAUCCUAAACGUGCUGAAUCUAAAGAUGUGAUGCCAUCCAUUCAGCAGCUAUCUAUAAAGUCCAGCACUGAGUCAGACAAUGAAGAAAUCUGUUUGUACCACAUCACUAAAUUCUGUAGCUUUAAAGAAAAGUGUGUUAAGAAUCAUUAUUCUUUACCGUAUCGAUGGCAGGUCUUUAAGGACAGUAAAUGGGAAGAUUUAACUAAUGAUGAGCAGAUUGAAAAUGAAUAUUGUGAUCCAAACAAUAAUGGAAGUGCUACAUCAUACAUUGAUUUUCAGAAGAUGACUUGUGACUCUUAUCGAGUCAGACGUUUAUCCACUUCAUCUUCUGUCACUAAACCUCCACAUUUCAUUUUGACAACAGUUUGGAUCUGGUACUGGAAAGAUGAAUUUAAUAAAUGGAUUGAAUAUGGUAGCCAGGCUGAAAAACACCAUGCGUCAACAGUCUCCAGCUCUGAUUUAGAGAAAGCUUACCAGGAAAAUGAUGAUGGUAUCUUGUCAUUUCAAGCUGGAAAGUACGAGUAUGAACUUCGCUUCAAAGAAACGGUACAAGAGAAUAAACAGAUCAAAACUCAGAGGGAAGUACGACGGAGACCCAAGUUUGUCUCUGCACAGGAUAUGGAAAUUAUAAAAACAAGAGGAGCCACUUCAGUGAGGACAGUACCUGCCAACUGGGACAGCUCAGCAGUGAGUGAAGUAGGAUACAAGCUUAUCACAUUGCCUGCAUCCUCAGAAGAAUACAGUAAAGUAACUAAACUUUUCCAGCAGACUAUGCAUACCAGAACCAUCAAGAAAAUAUUAAGGAUUCAGAACAUUUCCCUUUGGGAGGUUUUCCAAUGGCAAAAGGAGCAAAUGAAGAAACGUAAUAGUGGAAAGGAUGUAGAUGAAAGGUUACUGUUUCAUGGUACUGAGAAAUCUAUCGUAGAUGCCAUAUGUCAGCAGAACUUUGACUGGAGGAUCUGUGGAACUCAUGGGACACUUUAUGGGAAAGGAAGUUACUUUGCAAGGGAUGCUUCUUACUCUGAAAAAUAUUCCAGCUCAAGUUCAAGCUCCAGGAUCAUGUUUGUAGCUCGAGUGUUGGUGGGCCAGUUUGCAAAAGGGUCAGAAAAUUAUCUGCGUCCUCCAUCCAAAGAUGGCACACCCAGCAAUUUGUAUGACAGUUGUGUAGACAGUAAAUCCAAUCCAUCUAUCUUUGUUAUCUUUGAAAAGCACCAGAUUUAUCCAGAGUACCUGAUUAAGUACUGUGACGAUGCUACUGCAUCUCAGGUUCAUAUUCCAAGGUCCAGUAUUACUCAACCAUUAGGACCCUCCCUUCGCACAUCUCAUAUCUCUGGCAGAUCUUCUGCUACCAGUUAUCUCAGUGCUGGAACUUCCAGAACACAGACUGGUUCUAGUGCUGUUAAACCUGAUUGGAUUUCUCUUUUAAAUAAGUAUCGGAGAUAAUAGUUAUAUUUUAAAAGCAUAAUUUCACAAGUUUCCAUAUGUUCAAAAUAUUGUUCUUGAGAAAAUUUAUCAGAUUACUUGUACAAUUUUUACUGCAUUAAUGGAAUUACGAAUCAUUUUCAAGUCUAUCGUAAACAUUAUUUGAUCACGUCUGUAAAGUACAGCACUACUAACUAUUAUAAUAAGUGUUUUGUAAUAUAAUGGGCAAAACUAACAAAAUGAAUACAGAACUGAAUAGAAGAAAGUAGUAUUUCCAUGCAUGUGGAUAUGUCAGAUAGAAUUAAAUCCCAUUACAUCUCAUUUGGUACCUGUGCCAUGAAUUACAGUCAUUUUCAAAAGUUGCAAUAGUGUAGAGACACCUAGAAAAUGAAAAUGUUAUUCGUUUUAAGGACAUUAGUCAUUUUGAGUGGUAUUUCCAAAAAGAGAGAGAGAGAGAAAUGUGACUUAUGUAUGUAUGUGUAAUCACUUGAUGCCCCUUCCCCUACAUUUGUCAUUGUCACGUUCUGAGAUGAUGCAGGCUCUUUGGGGAUGUCUGUACACUUGUCUGGGCAUUGCCCUGCUUUCACUGCCACUGCAUUCUUAGUGCAAGUUAUCAUUGCAGUAGCCAGAGGUUAACCUGAUCACAGAAUCAUUUACACUCCAGGGGAGUAGAGGUACCAUGUCUGAGAGUUUUGCCUGCAAAAAAAUAUGUUUUGUAACACAUCAGUGUUAAUCAUUAUAUUUUGAAACUAGAGAUGGGGGAUUGUUAAUCCUGGUGAAUAAACAUAAUUAAACUGCAAUGUCUUUUAGAAUGUGGGACAAGAAAUGUCAAUGAGCGCACAUUAUUCAAAAUGUUAAACUUUCAGAUUCAGUCUACUGAAUAAUCAGGACUAAAUUUCAAGGGUCACAUAUUCACUACUAGACAGAGGAUGACAGGAGAAUAGUAGACAGAUGUUAUGUUUAGCAUGGGAGAUGCAUCUGAUGAUAUUGUUGUUCAGGUAAUGUGCAGUGAUUUCACCUUUCAAAAUGAGAAGGCCUCCUUUUCAUCUGUGCUGAGUUAGUUGUUUCAUUUAUAUGUAUUUCUGCCUUUGAUUUUGUUUAAAAAUGGGUAGAACAUGACGAUAUGCAAAGCAGGAACAUUUUUGCUGAAUUCUGCAGUAAACUGAUUAAUAGGAAUGUUGUGUGAACGGCAAGUUUACUUUCAAUUCAUUUCUUUCUUGGAAGCACUGCUACUGUAUGGUGUAUUUUAUCACUUCAUACACUGCCAGAACUACCAUCAGUGAAAAUCUGGUCAGAAUAUCUGUUGGUGUAUCUGUUUGUGAAGUAUGCAGAUUUGGAUCAGGGUAUCUUACAUGUCCAAAAUUAUCCUAUUUGCACCCAGCAGUGCUUGUUUGUAAACCCCACAUUCUUUAAGUAAGUCUUUAAUGGAUAUGAUUUAACAAAAGCUAUUAUAAAUAUCCAGGUAAAAAGAACUUGUUAAAUAUAUUACCAUAUGCAAAAUUCUAAAUGUUUCAGGUUUCAGGCACUUGAAAUUUAAACUGCAUUCUGCCCCAAUGGCAGCAGAGUAUGAGGCAACAUGUCAUUGCAGAGCACUGUUGUUAGGUGUUAUCUGAAAUACUGUAUCCAGUUCUGAGAUUCUGGUCUCUAGGAGAAUCCAGAGAGGGAAUAGGAAUGUGGGACAGCCUGACAGCACAGUGAGUUUAGGCUAUGACUGAUCAAGGUGAUUUGUCCUGGAAUGUGAUGAAUAAAUAAAGUUGUUAAAAAUUAUGUUUUGUCCUAGGUUUGAGUCCCGUAGUUUCCAUCUGCAUACUUGUUACUCUUGACAAAACGAGUAACCUGACAGUGCACAUUUAAGUAAAACUACCAAAGGAAGAAAAGCAGUUUUGAAGUAAAUAUUCUUAAUGUGUUUCAGGGUUGUCAGACAUCCCAAUUUGAGCGGCACUGUCCCGAGUUCAAAUCCUGACUUUGGUCACUCGUGCCAACCUUUUUUCUUUUUCUUAGUCACUUGUCCCAACCAGUGAUUUUAGAAAUCUGACAACUUGACAACAUGAACUGAUCAACCAAGCUACCAAUAUGGCAGUCAUAUGCCACGCUGGAGAAUCUGCAGUUUGUGAACUCUUCCUGCCUCAACACCCCCAAACUCUAACUGCUCACAUCCAUGUCACCCCAUGCAGUUUGACAUUACCUGCCUCUUGUUCAUCCGCCACACAUCGUAAAAAAAUGAAAAGCAAACAUUUUUGAAACGUGAUAAUACUAACAGGGUAAGAAAACUAUAAUAACUAAUCCAUCCAGUCAAAAGAGGGAAGAUAAAAUGAACUAGACAUGACAUUCUCCUUCCCAUUCUGCUGAGUUCCAGUGUACCUCCUCUUUCAGUUAGCACUCAGCUUUGUAAAGCUGAGUGUUAUUGAGUGUCAAAAAUAGGAAGUUUUGUAGUGACAGUGUGAAAAGAGUCUGUUUAUAUUCAUGGUUUUCUUAUUUAAGUUGUAAUUGGGUUGGAUUACUUUUAGUCAUUCAGGAUACAACAAUGGUUCAUUGGUGUACUGUUGGAUUUAGUAAGGAGAAGGCAGAAAAACAAGACUUCUUGAAGAGUAGCCAAGGAUCAUAACCAUCAAGAGUGAUUCAUCCACUAGUAUGAUAAGUACACUGACUUGAGCUUUUUAAGAACUACACAGUGUUCAACAUUUAGGGCUUAACCAUUUUUGGAUCACAUUACAAAUAAGUUGCUUAAGUUAUCUUAUAGUAUGAUUUAAGCGUUGACGAAAACCGUGUAUUUUUGAAUAAUGUAAAAGUAAUGCAUUUUUUCAGAAGCAAUAAUUUAAACUCCUUAAGGACUACUGAAAAAUGUAUAUGUGUAUAUCUUUUUCUUGCAAUGAUGAUAUGCAUUAUGCAAGCCUGCCAGUAGUGUAGAAAUUAAUUAUUGCUACUUUUAUUACUACUUCUUCCCUGUAAUACAUUUUGAGGGCAUUGCUAGAAACAUUGUAAUGCCUUUGUUAAAUUACUGUCCCUUUCACUUAAAAUGGAAGUAAUGAGAACAACUCUACCUGUAAUAGCAUAUACUAUUACUGUUUAAGUUUAUGUGUGUUAUCUACUACCAACAUUUGUUGCUUAUGUUUUGUCUUAGCAUUGUGCUUUUGUGCAUAGGUCAUGGGUGGUAGAAAAAGGGUCAGCACAGCAGUUUACUUAUUCUGUUAUCAAAUUGUUAAAUAAAUAAUUACUGUAAAGUUUGA